AUGAACCAAUAUUGGGGGAGCAGCCCUCCGAAGAAACCUGUCACGGCAAGUACACGACCCCACUCACAGCCCGACUACUCAGAUGUGCCAUUACCGAAAAUGAAGCUGAAAAUCCCACGGACUACAAGUAGGAGCAGUUCGCCCCAAGAGGAUUACUCGGACGUGCCUCUGCCGAAAAUGAAGACCCGGAGGAGCAGAUCGCCGAGGAAGGCUCAUGCAACAGACAUUCUAGGGUUGGAGGAGAUUUCAUCGAUUACAAAGGCAACCCAGGAGAUCCGAAACCAGCUCGAUCUUGACCUGGAGGGCCAUACGGGAGAGCCACCGGCACUGCGAUUUGAGAAUAGGCUGCUGCUCAUCAUCGACACUAACUUUGCAAUUUCACAUUUGUCGCUUCUGAAAGAGCUGGCAGCAUUACAUGAGCAGUAUGGUCAUAUUCUCAUUGUUCCAUGGGCAGUAAUCAAGGAGCUGGACGGUCUGAAAAACUCAGGUAAGAUGGAGUACAGGUACCAGACGGGAGCGGUAUCCACAGGAGACAUUGAUCUGGACUUGUCACUAGGUCAAAGAGCGCGCAUGGCCAACGCAUGGAUUUUCGAACAGCUAGGAGCUCGCUCUCAAGCUCUGUUUGGACAGAAAGUGUCAGAGAGACUGGGUGAGAGUACACGUGGUGAUGAUGCCAUUCUGGACUGCUGUAGAUACUUUCAGCACAAGGCCGACGCGUUUAUAGUCAUUCUCUCAGACGAUAAGAACCUCUGUAUGAAGGCUUUAAUCCACGAGAUCAUGACAGUGUCGUAUCAGGAGAGAAUGACCGCCGAGACCAUUGCACGUAUCACCGCAGACGAGUACGCCAAAAACAUGGGAGAAAUGAUGGACACAGAUACGGGUGCUGCGAGCCACAGGUCACAUGUGCAUCUUGCGCCUCCCAUCCCACCACCACAGCCAACACCCCCACCAAGGCAUGUCAGCCCGCCCAGUCGACCACCUCCGAAACACGCCAAUGUCUCCACAUACAUCGAAGUUGAGCCUUCGAAGCGAAAAAGGGAACCCAAAACACCCUCUUCGGCUGCGUCAGACGAUAGACAACAAAAAUCGAGAAAAGUGGCCCCUGGAGGCCUUGCUUCUCGACACGCCAGGAAAUUGUCUACAAGUGGUAAUUCUCCACCGGACACGAAAUCCAGUACACCAACACCCCAAAGACCCCCAGACGCACCUCCGCGAAAAAUGGCACCCUUACCGUCGAGGCAUAACAAGGGUGCAGUACCUAAGCCUGCGGCGGUUUCAUAUCGGCCUGCUACACCUCAGCCACAGUCACCACCAAAACCAGCACCAGGUCCUCGUAAAUUUGAGUAUAUUGACGAUCCCAAGAUCGAGAGCCCUGACCAACUUCUUCCUGAACUUGAGAAGGUUGUGUUUAAGGUGCUGCGGAUGGCCGUGGCUUUUCAGGCCCCGAAUCACAACAUCCACAGAGCCACCAGUAUCGGUUCUAUAUCUGAUAUAAUGGAGCAGCUGCGUCCAAGCGAACUGCGCCAGUUUCAGUUCCCCAAUCUUCGCAGUAUCCAACCGGGGUCAAACGCGCCGGCUCCUGAACGUUUAGCCUUUCUCCGUGGCCUUAUGCAUCUUUCGGCCGACAUGGAAAAGUCAUUCACAGGGGAGUAUCCCAAGAACUACGUCGAUGCCGUUGGAUGGGUUCUUAGUCUGGUUAACUGA